GAAGUGCGCGAAACGCUGAUGGUCAAGAAGGCAUGGGAGUUGGCACUCGCCCCUCUCAAAGCGCUCCCCAUGAGCGCCAUCAUGACUUACUUCUCUGGCUCUUCCAUUCAAAUCUUCUCCGUGAUGAUGACUGCAUCACUCUUUUGGACGCCGCUCAAGGUCUUGGCCUCUGCGCCAACAGAGGUCUUCAAUUCGCUAGACACGCCAGGCACACACGCACGACUUGGCUUGCCCAAGGCUGUCUUCAUUCUCGGUCAGCUUCUCUCCAUUGUACUCGGCAUGAUCAAGCUGCAAUACAUGGGCCUGCUACCAACGACAACAAGUGAUUGGCUUGCCUUUCAA